AUGGAUUGGGAAAAUCUUCCGUUGCCUCCGAAUUGGGAGACACGUUUUGACGACAGCUCUCGCCGAUGGUUUUUCAUUAACCAUUCUACCAAGUCGACCACAUGGGAAGACCCUCGACCCGCGUACUACGCAUCGGAAGAUGCGAACACCCCACAAUCGACUAACCGUACAAGUCGCCGUAAACAAAAACGUCUUCAAUGUGACCAUGGCUUCUCCAGCGAAUCCCCUUCCGCUUCUGAAUCCCCCUAUUCACUUCCUGACACAGAUGAUGAACGGAACAGACUACGACCGCAUUCAUCCAAGGAAGCGGAUGUGGAAGUCACUGAGGGGAGUGAGUCCGGAACGCAGGACUUCAUGUCAUAUUUGAACGCGUUGCGUGCAUCUUAUCCAGACCUCAAAGAACGCCAACUGGGACAACUUCUGGAAGACUUCCUGGGUGAUUCUCCUGAGCUACGGAAGUUCAUCUCUGUUCACUUGCGUCGAAAUUCCUCAGAACGAUCGUCCGAACAACAAAGUAAGAAAGGUUCCCAAUCCACUUCCGGACGGACAAGAAGGGCUAGUUAUGGAGUCGAUCGUGCCAAAUCACCGACGAACACGACGACCGCUCAGUCUAAACAAUUCCGUACUUCGGGGGUGUCUACAUCAGCGGAUAGUGUUCUCAAAGACAGAGUCUCAACCGGAACCAUGUCACCGUGUAGCGAACAGGAGGAAAUCGCUGUGGCCGAGAACGCGGCAUCCCGGAAACACCUAAGUCCACCUGGAUUGCUGGAAUCCGCAAGUGGCCACUUGUCAACGAAUACCCUGAAACCGUCAGAACCGGAACCCCAGCAGCCGUCAUCAUGUGUUGAUUCCACCGAGACCAGACAGUCAACGGACCUUACGCAUGCCACUGAAGUAGGGGAACUCCUCUCCUCCUUGUCCACCAAUCAGCGUGCAGUACGCCGAACGACUCCACGCGGACCGGACCCAUCGAAUCGUGUCCCGCGCGUCAAACCAUCUCGACAUAACCCCGAAUUGGUGAAGGGACCUAACAGGAGUCUCGUCUCAGGAUCUUUAUCGGCACGCCUGAGAGAUCGUGACCGUUGCUGACUAUUGGUUCUACCUCCUUUUUCUCCCAUUUUAUUUUUCGUUGCAUAUUUUUCCUCGCCAAUCGUUUUCCCUAUCUUUCCCCUGAAAUUGUUAUGCAUUUCGAAUAUCCAGCUAAUCUUGAAUUGUUGCCACUGCAAUAUUUAUGAUCUGUAUUCUUUUCAUCUAUCCAGCUUAUGAAAACGAUUAUAAGCGGC